GUGUUAGCUCAGAAUUUGAAAAUCGGGCGUUUAAACAAUCAGAGGGAAACAGCUGUGAAGAAGACCGGUUCACGUUUCCAAAACGAAUUAUACUUUUACUCGAGUCAGGCUUUAUUGUGGCAUAAAACUUAGUUUAAAAAUACUGUUGCGUUUAUUACACUACAGAAGAAAAAGGCGUAUCUAUCUCCAAGGAUAGCUGCUGAUACGCUCCGGAGAUGUCAUCCGGAGACGCUGGCGUGGAUCUGCAGUGCUGCGUGACGGUGGAGCAGCUCAACAGCUCCGGUCAGGCCACGCGCCGGCAGCUCAUCCGCAAAGCUGCUGUCAUUCUGGGCCGCAACGAGUUCCAGGAGAUCCUCCUCCGAGUGCAUGACGGGAAACUCGCGCACAGCUACCGGCUCAAGGAGUUCCAACUCUUCACCAAGUUCGUCAGAGAUGGCAAGUGCACCGUCAAACUGCUGCCCGAGAACACCCAGGUGCUCAUCUCCAACUGCCCGCCGGACCGGCUGAGCCUCUUCCUGAAGACGCUGAGCGUCAAGCAUCAGGCCUGGAGGGCCAGCAAGCAUCUGAGCGAGCGGGAGAAGCUGAAAGCCGGCCUGCCGCGCUGCUUCGAGGCCAUCAGCCCGCUGCAACAGAAGGACAUCCAGAAGGCCAACGAGCUGCGGAGCAGGGUGUCCAAAGGGCCGGCGGACUGUACCAACCGGGCGGGGGGGAAGAAGCAGGUCAAGCGGGCCAGGAGCGACACCGCCAGCAGCCCGGAGAAAACAAACCCCAACAAGAAACCAAUCCUGACUCUACCAUCGCGCAAGCUGAGCAAGGAACAGACGGCGGUUCUCAGCGCUGUUCUGGGGGGGAAGAACGUCUUCUUCACCGGAAGUGCAGGUACAGGGAAGUCCUUCCUGCUCAAGAGGAUCGUGGGAUCUCUGCCCCCUAAGAGCACCUUUGUGACGGCCAGCACUGGAGUGGCAGCAUGCCACAUUGGAGGAACCACACUGCACAACUUUGCCGGUAUUGGUUCUGGUUCUGCGCCGUUAGAGCAGUGUAUUGAGCUGGCUCAGCGGCCCAGCGUGCUGCAGCACUGGACCAGCUGUCGGCACCUUAUCAUUGAUGAGAUCUCCAUGGUGGAGGGCCAGUUCUUUGACAAGCUGGAGGCGGUGGCCAGAUCAGUGAGAAGGUCCACUCAGCCGUUCGGAGGCAUUCAGCUGAUCGUCUGUGGCGACUUUCUUCAGCUGCCCCCAGUCUCUAAAGGCAAAGAAAAGGCCAGCUUCUGCUUCCAGGCCAGGUGUUGGAGAAAAGUCAUCCAGGUCAACAUGGAACUGACAGAAGUCCGAAGACAGACGGACCAGAACUUCAUCUCCCUCCUGCAGGCAAUCCGGCUGGGCAGGGCGACUGAAGAGAUCUCCAUGAAGCUGACGAAGAGCUCCUACCAUCGAAUCGAGAGGGACGGCGUUCUGGCGACGAGGCUGUGCACGCACAAGGACGACGUGGAGCUGACGAACGAGGACAAACUCCAGCAGCUGCCAGGGUCAGUGCGGGUGUUUGAGGCCGUGGACAGUGAUCCGGAGCUGGUGAGGACCAUCGACGCUCACAGUCCUGUCAGCAGACUCAUCCAGCUCAAAGUGGGAGCUCAGGUCAUGCUAACAAAAAACCUGGAUGUUGCUCGAGGUCUGGUGAACGGCGCUCGGGGCGUGGUGGUGGCAUUCGAGUCUGAAAAGCAGGGACUCCCGCGGGUGCGAUUCCUGUGCGGCGUCACCGAAGUGCUGAGGCCCGAGCGCUGGGUCUUUAAAUCUGCCGGCGGCGUCCAUUUAAGUCGAGCGCAGCUGCCGCUUAAACUGGCCUGGGCCAUCUCCAUCCACAAGAGCCAGGGCAUGACUUUGGACUGCGUUGAGAUUUCUUUGGCGCGCGUGUUCGAGAGCGGCCAGGCUUACGUGGCCUUGUCCCGGGCUCGGAGCCUGGAGGGGCUCAGGGUCAUGGACUUCAAUGCCCACGUGGUGCGGGCCGAUCCGGACGUCCUGCUCUUCUAUAAGAAGCUGAGGAAGGAGAGGCUGCUCAUGCAGGCCUCCAUGGAUGAAUUUGUUGCCAAUAACAACAAAGAAAACUUCUAAAGAAGAUAUUUUUGCAUCUUUUUUAUGGUAUGCACUGUGUGCAAGAGACAUUUUUUUUUUUGUAUUUUUUAAAUUACCAUUGUGUCUUUAAUAUUGCAGUGGGACACUGUAAGAACAAUGGAGUCAUACUGCCACCAUGUGUUAGUUUAAAAAAAACUUUUAAAAUAUUUUUUUCCAAUAAAAUUUUAGUUUUAUUACAG